CCCCGCCCCCGCCCCCGCCGGGCGUGCGUGUCGGGUGUGUUCGCUGCCCGCGCGGGUUGCGCGCCCUCAGCCGUUGCGCCUCAGGCCCCCGAAGCCCGGCUGCCGCCCUUGCGCCCCUCGCCCCGCCGGGCGUCGCGGGGCCACCAUGGGCCAGGAAGAGGAGCUUCUGAGGAUCGCCAGGAAGCUGGAGAAGAUGGUGGCCAGGAAGAACACGGAAGGGGCCCUCGACCUUCUGAAGAAGCUGAACAGCUGUGAGAUGUCCAUCCAGCUACUCCAGACCACCAGGAUUGGAGUCGCUGUGAAUGGGGUCCGCAAGCACUGCUCUGACAAGGAGGUGGUGUCCUUGGCCAAAGUCCUCAUCAGAAACUGGAAACGGCUGCUGGAUUCUCCAGCACCUCCCAAAGGAGAAAAAGGAGAGAAAAGAGUAAAAGCAAAGAAGAAAGAAAAAAGGCUUGACUGUUCCAGUUGGAAGCCAGAGACAAGCCUUUCCCCUCCAAGGAAAAAACGAGUGGAAGAGCCCAAAGACAGGAGAGACUCUGUGGACUCCAAGUCUUCGGCCACCUCCUCUCCAAAAAGGCCGUCGAUGGAAAGAUCGAACAGCAGCAAAUCGAAAGUGGAGACUCCCAGAACACCCAGCAGCCCCUCAAGCCCUACCUUUGCCCCUUCCGUCUGCCUCCUGGCACCCUGCUAUCUCACGGGAGACUCUGUCCGGGACAAGUGUGUGGAGAUGCUCUCCGCAGCCCUGAAGGCGGACGAUGAUUACAAGGACUAUGGCAUCAACUGUGACAAGAUGGCAUCAGAAAUCGAAGAUCAUAUCUACCAGGAGCUCAAGAGCACGGACAUGAAGUACCGGAACCGCGUGCGCAGCCGAAUCAGCAACCUCAAGGACCCCAGGAACCCUGGCCUGAGGCGGAACGUGCUCAGCGGUGCCAUCUCUGCUGGGCUCAUUGCCAAGAUGACAGCGGAGGAAAUGGCCAGUGAUGAGCUGAGGGAACUGAGAAACGCCAUGACCCAAGAGGCCAUCCGUGAGCACCAGAUGGCCAAGACGGGCGGCACCACCACUGACCUCUUCCAGUGCAGCAAAUGCAAGAAGAAGAACUGCACCUAUAACCAGGUGCAGACACGCAGUGCUGAUGAGCCCAUGACUACUUUUGUUUUAUGCAAUGAAUGUGGCAAUCGCUGGAAGUUCUGCUGAUAGAACCACCAGCCAGAAUUUCAAUGAACAAGGUGAGGAAGAACAAAGAGAAAGCACUAAGCCGUCGUGACUGGAGAAAAAUAAAUAUUAAAAUGAAGAAAAAUGCUGAACUCUGAACGGGCCAUUAGGGAUCAGAGGGAAAAUUCGUUUGCAAAUUCGUUCAGUUAUUGAUAGUGAUUGGUGAAGAGACGGAUGCUAAUAGGGGUAUCACGUUAAGCCCAUGUUGACAAACCCUUUGUAGAAACUCAGAGACUUCAGAGCCGAGGUGCCGUAUCUUUGACAGUGGCUGGCAGACCUUUGCUCUGCGUCCCUUCCCUCACAUCUGAACCUUUCAGCCUCUCCUGAGUUGAAAAAUACCAGACUGACUCAACUCUUACCCACUCCACACUGGGUCUGCCUAUACAGACAAAUGGCAGAUAUGACUUCUGCAUCAUGUAGAGAGAUUUCUUUCCCACCCCUCAUCUCUUCCCAAACUCAGCUGUUCCCUGUUCUUAGCUGGCUCUGGGGGCCUUCAAGGACUCCAGACCUGGUCCCUCUAGGCACAGCGCAUGUUUUCUUGACCUGAGAGUUUCUGGCACCCAAAUUUGGUGGCCCACAGGAGGUCCUGAGUCUUGGAACCUGUCCAAGCUCUGGCAGUGUGUUCCUCCUCACAGCUCUGUUGUGGCCCAGGCUACAGAAAAAAUCUGCAGAACACAAGGGGCCUUGUUGUGCUUCUCCCAUAAUGAAACUGGCUUGCUUUUUCAGCUGAUAGGAACUUUAGGCCAAGCUGGAACCUUCUGGAAAAGCCUUGGGAGCAGGUCUGAUGGGCUUCUCUUGGGUCUCAGCCUCUGACCGUCCCUGGCCUUGGGGCAGCCCCAGGCAGAGCCUCCUGGAUUCUUUUUUCUAAAAUAGAUAACACGUAGGAGGUUGUGAACUGCUGGGGGCUCAAGCAAGUCACUUAACAUCUCUGAGCUGUUUCCUUACCCAUAAAAAUGGAGUAGUGCUAGUACCUGCCUGAUAGGGUUUCCACUUACACUGGUUCACUUAGGGUAGCUGUUGGGGUAACUUCAGCCCAAGUUUCUUAUGUGCCCUGGCAUUGUCCACUCUGGAAUUUAUCUGUUAUCACCUUCUUCCUUCCCCCACCAAGUGCCUCCUCCUGUAGAUGAAGCCUGUAAAUAAACUGUGUACAGAAACCCGC